CUGGGAGAAAGAGUUACUUUUAUAUAGAAGUGUAAAGUCGUUAUAGCUUGCCGUGUCGUCAGCCACUACCUGUUCUCAGUGCGAGUGGGUUACAACCCUCCAUGGUGUACAGAAGGACGUCCAGAAGCAGCUAUGACGAAACGUCUAACCUGACCUUUACACCAACCACUACCCCGAAACCCCCUCCUUCAAAGUGUAAGAGUCCGUGCAUAUGUAAAACACUUAACGGCAAGUUAUAAAGUUAGUUAGAUACGCCCAGGAGGACACAGUAGCCGUUUGGGGGAUACUGUGCCGGUCGGCUGUACAGCGCUGAUAAGGAAGGCCACGUCUGUGGGUGCGGAAUCAUGUCUGGGGUGACUUUGACUGUGUUUGUUCUCCUGGUUCACGCCGUGUUGUUGGAAGGCGGUCCGGCCCUGCGUACCGGCCGCAGUCGCGGGCACGUCGUGAAGAGAGUACGGAGGGACGAGCAUGACGAUUCCUGCACCUACACCUUCAGAAUAACGGCGGCGGACGCCAUCUCGUCCUCCUGCGCCGCGCCGCCCGGCCUGCAGAACGUGACCGGAGAGCUCCAGGCGCUCGCCGCGCGGCUCCAGUCCGAGCUGGCCGAGGGGAUGGAGCGGCUCACCGACAACGAGGAUACCAUCAACCGCUGCUGCGACCAGGUCGCACAAUUGGAAACGCGUGUUCUGGAGGAGCAGCUUGAACGGGCCAACCUUGCCGCUAACGUUGCCAACAUGACGGGGAAAAUAGACACUGCCAUGAUCGGGGCGGAAUUGCGCGAGUCGGAGAUGAAGACGGCCAUGGCGGAAAAGAACGGAGACCUGCAAGCCGGGAUCCUCGAGAACAGUCGGAAGAUCGCCGAGCUGGACGGGCGCCUGUCAAACGAGGUUAGUGGACUUCAAAACUUGGUCGGUAGAGAGCAGCAGCAGCGGUUACAAAUGUUUGCACAACUAACGAACUACACAGCCGUCAUAGAUCAGACCAUAGCUUCUCAGGCGGCCUCCAUUCAGGACAAAGUCAAUGGAAUGUUGGCAGAACGCGACGAAAUAGAAGCCGGUGAGGCUGCCGCUGACGGCUCUCAGUGUUGCCAGGACUUAGAGGGUCGGUUUGCGAACCUGACCAGCGCUGUGAUGAUGCAGCAAGUAACGACACAGAAACUGAAGCUAAGUCUGGAAGUCGAGGUCACUACCCAGGCCAAACAACUCGCGGCAGAUUUAGAAGAGGAACGCCUACUUCGCACACAGCUGCAACUUCAGGUCGCUAACCAGACCACCGAAAUCGAGAGGCUGGACACAUUAUUGAAAAAGGUUGAUGGAAAUGGCAAUGGGAAUGGUAAUGGUUAUGGACCAGAUGGGCUGUUGUCGAGGCCAGGCGUAGGCGUGGCCGUUAACGGUAGACCGGAGCCGUCCCUCUCGGAGCCCGUGGAGCCCAGCGCUGAGGACCUGGCGGAGGUCCCCACCACGCUGGAGGGGCAGCGGGAGUACGUGGCCGGGCUGGGCGCGCAGCUGAAGGAGGAGCGCAAGCGGCUGGCCCAGCUGCUGAUCCAGGUGGACGAACAGGGGCUCCGGGUGGCCGACAUUGACGCCAUGGAGGAUAAGAUUAGGGAACUGGAGCAGUGCUGCGAACGUCUGAACGCGCAACUUGCCGAGCAGCAGGACAGGUUGGGCAGUCUGGAGAGAGAUGCUGGGAUAGCACCGGACAUUAAAGCUCCCGGCACGCCUGGUCCGGAACUCCCGCCGGUUGGCACGGUAACGGCGCUGCUGGAGGUCACCACGCGGGAGAUCGCCAAGGUCACGGAAGAGCUGGAUAGGCUAGAACCCACCAAGGCGCCUCCGGCUGAGAUCGUGGAAGGCCUGACGACUGAAAGGGCUGAACUUGAGGGCAUCGCCACAACACUGAAGGCCAUUCAAGCCAUCACUGGCGAGGAGUUCGCUACACCUGGGCCUGGCGUUCCCGGGGUGAUCGCACCUGGCGUCACACCUGCUCCAGGAGUGGCACCUGUGGGACCUGGGGUCACAGCUGGUCCCGGAGCAGUUGCACCUGGAGUGCCGGACGGCAGAGUUAUCGCUGUGACCGACGCCUCCGGCCGAGCGGUGACGGACGAGUACGGCCGGCCCGUCACGCAGAUCGCACCUGCAGAGAUCGCACCUGGAGUCACACCUGCUCCAGGAGAAAUUGCACCUGUGUUCCGCCCUGUGACCGACGCCUCCGGUAACCCUGUAACUGACGAGUCCGGCCGUCCCGUUACCGAGGCGGUUCCCGGUGUUCGUGCCGUAACCGACGCCUUCGGCAACCCUGUGACAGACGCGUCCGGCCGACCCGUCACCGAGGCGAUACCUGGAGUUGUGACCGACGCGUCGGGCCGUCCUGUAACCGACGCUUCCGGCAGGCCAGUAACCGAAGCACCUUCACUAUUCCGCACAGUAACCGACGCGGACGGCAACCCUGUGACCGACGAGUCCGGAAGACCAGUGACCGAAGUGGCCCCUGGAGUCGUAACCGACGCGUCGGGCCGUCCUGUCACCGACGCCUCCGGCAGACCGGUGACCGCUGCCGCCCCUGUAUACCGUGCGGUGACCGACGCCUUCGGAAACCCUGUUACAGACGCGUCCGGCCAACCCGUCACUGAAGCUGUUCCCGGUGUCCGUGCGGUUACAGACGCUUCCGGUAACCCUGUCACCGAUGAACUUGGCAGACUGGUGACCGAGGUGGCCCCUGGAGUCGUAACCGACGCGUCAGGAAGACCUGUAACCGACGCCUCCGGCAGACCAGUGACAGAAGCGCCUUCCCCAUACCGUACAGUAACCGACGCCUCCGGCAACCCUGUGACUGACGAGUACGGAAACCCCGUCACAGAAGUGGCCCCAGGAGUCGUAACCGACGCCUCAGGAAGACCUGUAACCGACGCUUCCGGCAGACCAGUGACCGCUGCAGCUCCUGUAUUCCGCACGGUGACCGACGCCUUCGGAAACCCUGUGACAGACGAGUCCGGUAGACCGGUUACGGAGGCGGUUCCAGGAGUCCGUGCCGUAACCGACGCCUCCGGAAACCCUGUGACCGAUGAACUUGGCAGACUGGUGACCGAGGUAGCCCCUGGAGUCGUGACCGACGCGUCGGGCCGUCCUGUGACCGACGCUUCCGGCAGACCGGUGACGGAAGCGCCUUCACCAUACCGCACGGUAACCGACGCUUUCGGCAACCCUGUGACCGACGCCUCCGGAAAUCCCGUCACAGAAGUUGCCCCAGGAGUCGUGACCGACGCCUCAGGAAGACCAGUGACCGACGCUUCUGGCAGACCGGUCACCGAGGCACCUUCACCGUACCGUACAGUAACCGACGCCUCUGGAAACCCUGUGACCGACGAAUACGGAAAUCCCGUCACAGAAGUUGCACCUGGAGUCGUAACCGACGCGUCAGGAAGACCUGUAACCGACGCUUCGGGCAGACCAGUGACGGAAGCACCUUCGCCAUACCGUACAGUAACCGACGCCUCCGGCAACCCUGUGACUGACGAGUACGGAAACCCUGUAACAGAAGUGGCACCUGGUGUCGUAACGGACGCCUCCGGAAGACCAGUGACCGACGCUUCCGGCAGACCGGUGACCGAAGCGCCUUCACCAUAUCGUACGGUAACUGACGCUUUUGGCAACCCUGUGACUGACGCGUCCGGUAACCCUGUCACAGAAGUAGCCCCUGGAGUCGUGACCGACGCCUCAGGAAGACCUAUAACCGACGCUUCCGGCAGACCAGUGACCGAAGCACCUUCACUAUUCCGCACAGUAACCGACGCGGACGGCAACCCUGUGACUGACGAGUCCGGCAGAGUUGUGACGGAAGUGGCCCCUGGAGUCGUGACCGACGCCUCAGGAAGACCUGUGACCGAUGCCUCUGGCCGACCGGUGACAGCUCCGCAAUUCCGUGCGGUAACUGACGCGUCCGGCCGCCCCGUGACUGACGAGUCCGGCCGCCCCGUGACUGAGAGAGUCGGCCCGCUCGCACCUGGAGUUAUCCCGGUAACAGACGCGUCCGGCAGACCCGUCACCGACCAGUAUGGCCGCCCCGUCACCCAGCUCGCGCCAGGAGUCACGCUGGCACCUGACGAGUUCGCCACACCUGGUCCAGACGGACUUGCACCCGGAGUCCGCCCCGUCACAGACGCGUUCGGCCGCCCGGUCACAGACGCGUCCGGAAGACCCGUGACCGAAGCCGCACCUGGAUUCCGCCCCGUAACAGACGCCUUUGGUCGCCCAGUGACCGACGCCUCCGGCAGGCCCAUCCUGGAAGCAAUCCCGGGCAUUCCGGACGUCACAACAGAAGAGAUCGACGCCCUGGUAACCAGGCUGCCAGGUGUCCGUCCCACCACAGCGCCAGGUGACCAAAUCGGCGUCACCGACGUGCUGAGGGCCAUCACCACCGCUAUGAUCGAGGAGCCGCGGGCGACUACAGCCGCCAUCAAGGCCGUCACCGGGCCGGACGCUGAGGCGGUCACCGACGCUGCGGUGGAACUGAUGACAAAGAUAGAGGAGGCCACCAAGGCGCCUGGUCCCGAGAUUGUCCCAGGACCCACAGAUGCGCCAUCCGUGGUGACAGACCGAGUGAUCCUGACCACGGAUGAGUACGGCCGCCCGGUGACCCAGAGAGUGCCGGCAGUUCCGGAGGGCAUCCCCGUCACAGACCAGUACGGCCAGCCCGUGACCGACCAGUACGGCCGCCCCGUCACCCAGCCGAGACCCGAGGCGGUCAUCCCCGUGACCGACGCGUCAGGACAGCCCGUUACCGACCAGUUCGGCCGGCCCGUGACCCAGAGAGUGUCCGUGGUGACGGACGCGUCAGGUCAGCCCGUCACCGACGAGUCUGGCCGCCCGGUGACCCAGCGCGUGAUCGCCGUGACCGACGCGUCAGGCCGCCCGGUGACAGACGAGUCGGGCCGGCCCGUAACGCAGUUGGCGAUCGUCACCACGGACGGGCAAGUCCUGACGGUGACAGACGAGUCCGGGCAGCCCGUCACCGACGAGUCCGGCCGCCCUGUCACGCAGAGAGUCGUCGCCGUUACCGACGCGUCAGGCAGGCCCGUCACAGACGCGUCAGGCCAGCCAGUGACGCAGAGAGUCGUCGCCGUCACUGACGCGUCCGGCAGGCCCGUGACAGACGAGUCCGGCCGCCCUGUCACACAGAGAGUGGUCGUGACGACAGACGAGUAUGGCCGCCCCGUGACUGCCAUCCCCACCCCCGCCCCCGGGGUGACCCCCCGCCCGGACUACCCCACCCCCCAGCCCGGCCUGACCCCCAGCCCCGACCUCGCCGCCCUGCUGAAGAGACUGGACGAUCUGGAGAAGAAACUCACCAGCCAGGCGGAGGACCUGCAGAGGGAACUGCAGGAGGAGGUGGACCGGCGGCAGAACCUGGAGGACACGCUGGGUCAGCAGAAGGAGGAGCUGGGCCGCCUGACGGAGGAGAACGUGCAGCUGCGCGGCGUGGUGUCCAACCAGUCAGCGGAGAUCUCCCGCCUGCAGCUCAAGCAGAACAAGAUAGACACCAAGGACGGGCCAGAAGUGAUGCCGACCUGUGCGGACUGGAAGCGUGCUGGGUUCAAGCGAAGCGGGAACUACACGCUGGACCCGGACAGUCCCACCUGCGGAGUGGAGCCCUUCGAGAUCUACUGCGACAUGCAGGACUGCACCACAGGAGUAACCGUGAUCCACCACGACAGCGAGGACCGGACGCUGGUGCAGGGCUGUGAGGAACCCGGAUGUUUCUCACAGCAAAUAAACUACGAGAUCUCCAUGGCGCAGAUCCGGGCUCUGAUGGCGCGAUCCAGCAGCUGCGAACAGUACAUCCGGUACGAGUGUUACGGCUCAGUGCUGUUGCAUGACGGUCAGAACGAACCCUUCGGCUGGUGGGUGUCACGUGACGGCCAGAAGAUGACGUACUGGGGCGGAGCCGAGCCCGGCAGCAACAAGUGCGCAUGCGGAGAACAAGGUAACUGUGCGGGCGGCCAGAAGUCCUGUAACUGCGACAAGAACGACCUGGUCUGGCGGUCCGACGAGGGCAUGAUCCGCGACAUCGAGGCUCUGCCCGUCACGAGGCUGCACUUCGGAGACACCGGCGACUACGGAGGCGGCUCCACGGAGAAGGGCUUCUUCACGUUAGGGCCGCUACGGUGCAGAGCUUAAGGUAGUUGUGUGAGCCGGCGGUCAGGUGCCCCGCCUGUCCGCCGUGAUGUCAUAAUCAGACGACCCUCCUGUACAGCAGCACAGCCUCCCCCGACGCCAUCUCCCGCCAAAACCCAACCCGGUGUACCCGCUCCUCUUCUUCACAGCUUCAUCCCUUCGGUCUGGCUUCGGGAAUUCCGACUCUUGUCUACAAGAUUGGAACCACGUUUGGUCGGUAAUCACGUCACGUGGCCGGGGUGGGAAGCCGCGGUCCCCGCCGCCUCGUGUCGCGUCGUUCCUGCCAACUUUAGGGACGGGCCGGGGCCGGGGGGGACCCAGACAACCUCCACCCAGCUGGAUCCGCUUUCCCCGCACAUUCCGCCCGAGUCAAGACGCAACCUCCUGUUACGUAACGCCCAGAUAGCCAUCACAUAAUUGUUUGAUUUGUCGGUUGUAACGAAUAAGUUAUUGUAAAGUUAGACAAGGCCCCAUACCCGACACGUUCCCUGGCACGCCGACAGAAGGAAGCUUGCCACCAGUGUAGCAGCACCGCCAGGCGACUUACUUACCAACUGCAACCCAUUGAUAACUGACGUAACAAGGAUACAUUUAUUGAUUGUUAUUAAUUGUUAUAUACAUACACAAAAAUCAGCAUUUUUAAACCAUUGUUCAUGUGUUAUAGUUAAACAAAUAUUUGGUGCUAAUAGUGUUUUACUAACUACACGUGCAGGGCAUUAUAAAUGACCUUAGACGACAUCUAACAUAGUAACGUCACUCAGGAUGUACAUGCUACCUAAGUCAUAACCACUGUCUUCUGCUAGAUACAGAACUAACUAUAGACUCACGCUUCUCAUCAGAGCAUACUUUUUUUUUCAAUUUGUCCGAGAUUUUGUUGUUGUAAGCUAACAUACAAAGAAAUGUUGUGGAAAGGUCCCCUUAAGAUUUAUAUAGUGGGACUACUGUAACUACUAAUACUGUUUUAUUUUCAAUGCAAAGAAAACCACAGUGCUCUUUAUCAUAGUGUUUCCGACUUAACACAAUUCUCUAAUUACGUAGUUAAAAGACGGCUUAAUGAAAUUCGAAGGGAUCAAAGUUGUUUCAAUGUGUUAUUCCAUUGGGUACAGGGGACUAUAAUAGAUAGACUAGCCCCUUUUUGAAAUGACAAAGAAGAAGAAAGUGUAUUUGAUGUAUUGAUAUAUUGUCCCAAUGGAUAGUUUUUUGUUGUUUGUUAUAGAGGGAUCUAGGCACACUUUUGUUCCGCUGUGGUGAAGUGAUGUUCGUAUUCACUUCUGCUGCUUUGUAAUUAUUAGCUAGAGUUAGUAAUUUUACUUCGAGUCAGGUCUCAGUUAUUAACAGUUGUAGGAAUCAAUUAACACUCAAUAACCCGCAGAGAGAAUCGUCUAACAUUGUUUUCCUGGCUUCCUAAAGAAUUUCGUGUAUAUGUUUUAUAGUAGUCAUUGAUACCCUAGUUCACCUUAAUUCGUGGGGUAACCUAUAUUCGUUGUUUUAAAAAAACUGGGUAUUACAUAGAUUUCAGGUCAACGACGUGGGUUUCAAAUGUCAACAUUUUCAAGGUAUUGCAAUGUGAAACUACCUUCCAUCGACUUAACUAUCCCCAAAUACCCUCUUUUUAUAUACAACGGAUAUAGGUUACCCUACGAAUAAAGGUGAACUAACGUAUCUAGUAUAGCUCUGAAAUGUAGACUGUUUCUAGCGUAUGAAAAGAGCAAAGUGUAACUUUGAGAGAGUUGAGAGGCGCUUGUUUGAACCGAUGCAAUGAGUUAGCCUUAUAUAUAUAGUCCGAGAUUCUUUCAAAGACAGCGAAUAGACUUAAGAGUCUUCAAUACUCCACAGAGUCUUAAACUGGCCACAGCGAAUCUUCAGACGUCUUUUAAGUUCUUAUUCUGCGCUGUUUUAGGCCAGAAGUACCAGAACACUGUAAGAAGCACGCGUGGCAAUGAUGAUACCAAAUCUUAAGAUUUUUGUGACGGCACAAGUCCACUUCUGUCAUGUCUCUAAGAUGGAAGACUUGUCAGUAAUAAAAUGGUGCUACAACAAA